GGAGCUGGAGGGGGGGAGGGGGGGGGACACAAACGUUCCCGUCCCGGUCCCGCCCGCCUCAGGCCGCGAGGGGGGGAAGAGAGAUGGCGAGCCUGAUCCCCGCCGCGGCCUCUUCUCCCGCCGGAGCCCCAUCCCGUAGCAAGAAGCGCCCAGCGAGCCCGGGCACCGGCGGCGGCCCGGCCAAGAAAAAGAAAGCGACGGCGUCGGGCAGCGCGCAGGGUGCAGGUGGGGAGGCCAUGAAUGAAAACAAAUUUCUGAACACAGACUCCAGCACAGGAUCAGUGGAAACAACCACCAAGCCGUUACCAUUUAAAGAUCCAAACUUCAUCCACUCUGGCAUUGGUGGAGCAGCAGCUGGCAAGAAGAACAGAACUUGGAAGAACCUAAAACAAAUUCUUGCUUCUGAAAGGGCAUUGCCAUGGCAACUGAAUGAUCCUAGCUAUUUCAAUAUUGAUGCUCCUCCCUCCUUUAAACCUGCCAAGAAAUAUUCAGACAUUUCAGGACUUCCAGCAAAUUACACAGAUCCCCAGAGCAAGCUGAGAUUUAGUACUAUUGAAGAAUUUGCCUAUAUUCGGAUGCUCCCUUCAGAUGUGGUCACAGGAUACCUGGCUCUCAGGAAAGCAACAAGUAUUGUUUCUUAAGGAGACUAAAUACUGUUGUCUGUUGGUUAUGAACAGUGCUAAUUUUGAGGAUCAUGAUGAAAACGGACUGUGGGACUGAGGUUCCUUAAAGCUAUCCAUGGAUAUUUACAUCUGGAAGUAGUUGAUGAUGCUACAUGGAUUUGAAGAACAUAUGGAUUUAAUUUCAAUAAAUGCUGAUAUUUGUUAGUUUGCCAA